CAGUUGAAACUACCAAUCGCCACACGUUAACACACGGUGGUUCUCUCCGCUUUUGCUUCUAUUAAAGGAGGUAACUUCCUCAUUAGAAAAAAAUCAAUCAAAACAGAUUAAAAUUAAAAAUCAAAAGAAAACUAAUCUCGAAGAAAUGGCGAAUCGAUCCAGGGUUAUCACCAUGUCUCCUCUCGUUCUCAACCACGAAGACGAUCUCGAUCUCGAUCUCGACCUCUGGGAAGUUGUUAACCCCUCCGACGGCGAGUACUCCGACGAUUCCUUCUCCGUCGACAGUCUCUCCGACGAUGACGUCAUAUCUCUUGACGACGACGCUUCCUUUGUCAUCUCUCCGCCGCCUCAGACUCUCCCUGUGACUGACGUUGGCGAACUCCCCGCGGAUCUGGAUCUCGACGGUGCCGGCGAUGACGAUGUCGUUCGCGAUCAAGUCGACGAUAAGCACCUUCGAUGGGCUCAGCGGCGGAUGGUGCUUCUCCGCGGAGGUUCCACCUAUUCAUUUGGUAUUACGUUGGGAGAUUACGCUAAUCGCGGUGGUUGUUACGACGACGGCGGCGACAGCGAUCACGUUGUUGACGACGGCGAUUCCUACGACGAUUCGUAUGAUCUCGACGAGGAGCUGGUGCCGCGUAGCGUGUGCAAGAAGCUGGGGAGGCAGAGGAUGAGGAAACUGGGGAAACGAGCGAUCGCGAAGGUCUUGACCUCAAAGACGUCUCCGUAUUCGCACUUGAAGCCUGGUUGCGUUCGCGGUAAGCAUGGUGGUCUCGGCCUCAAGUUCAAGUGCUGAUCGUGGUGGAUUCCAAAGUUUCGUUCUCGAUGCUUUCUUCAAUAAUCAAGAUCCUUAGUCUUAGUCCGGUUUAGAAUUUCAUCAGUUUCUUGGUUGGUUGAUGUGUAAAUGGUAGUUCAAUUGCUUUGUCAUUUGAUUCUUAAGUAAAUCUGAUUCCUCUGAAACUUUCAUUGUACAUGAAUCGCAUCUUUUAUCAGAGGUCAUCAGAUCUUGCAUUGCAUUUUUAACUAAUGUUGGAUUCAAAUGGAUAAUCUGAGUGAAGGUUAUCUAAUCA